GACCAGCAAGGAAUCUUGGCCGCACGACAGAACCAGGAGAGAAAAUCUUGUUUCCUCCUAUUCUAUUCCUGUAAAAUCCUUCCUCUUCGCCGCCUGCGAUUCACGUCAGCCGGCGUCACUGCGUGAUUCCCUACACACUGGCGUGAACCGCACCGGCUUGCUCUCAGACACAAUGAAGCGAACUGAGUGUAACACGCGCGCUGGGGCUACACAUGGAUGGGUCCGCGUGUAUCUUUAACUUAUUUUGCUCAGUUUUCUUUCAGUUCGUAUUUUGAAAGUCGUCACGUUCUGUCGUCGAAAGUGCCGAAUACAAAGCUGCGUAAUUCGGUAGAUAUAACUGGACACCACAAGCCUGAUCGGAGACCACGGAAGAAUUUCCACCCAUCCCGUGGCGCCACAAGCAAGUGUACAGAAAAAAAGCAUGUCAAUGACUGCGUAUUCGGACUACUUCGCCGCUCAGUGCCUGGUGUCUAUAUCCAGUGGGCCGGUCCUGCAUCGUCCUACCCCGGUUACCUCUGCUGCCCUGGGCCCCCCUCAGGCUCGUCCUUCAGGGGAUCCAGAGGGGUCGAAUGAGGACAGGGAAGUACGGGACAUGCUGAAAGGUGGAACCAACAUAAUGAAGGUUGCCGGAAUUCUCACGGAUCUUCACGGCAAAUUCCGACCUAUGUCGGCGUACUCCGAAAGUAGCAAUUCCUCGAUCGGAGACGUGGACAGUUUCUCUCACGGGGAAAGCGGGUACACCACGCUGUCCGACUCAACAAACCCGACCCCCACCAUGACUCCCUCUUCCACGCCGACGCCCGGACAGCACAAUCCGCCGAAAACAUUCCAGGGAGGGCCACCACGAUCGCCAAUGAAGCGGCACUACUGUACUUUCGACGGCUGUGACCGGGUCUAUGGAAAAUCAUCUCACCUCAAGGCGCAUAUCAGAACUCACACAGGCGAGCGGCCCUUCCCCUGCACCUGGCCGGACUGCGAGAAGAAGUUCGCCCGCUCGGACGAGCUGGCGCGCCACACGCGGACGCACACGGGCGAGAAGCGCUUCCCGUGCCCGCUCUGCGACAAGCGCUUCAUGCGCAGCGACCACCUGGUCAAGCACGCCCGCCGGCACCCCAAUUACCACCCCUCCAUGAUCGGCCGCUAGGGUCCCGGGGGUGGAGGAUCGGCCGCCCCCCACCCCUUAUCAACCCCCUCCCCCCCCUAACCCCCCCCCCCCCCCCACCACCCUCAGAACGCCGGAAGUCUCAGCCUGCAUUGCCGGUCCCAGGAUGGGUAGUUCCAGCCCGAAAAAGACAGUUAAUUCCCAAAUGAAGACAACGCAAGAGAGGCGUGUUUGCUCAGAAUUCAGUUUUCUGUUUCAGAACAAACAGAAGUGCAGCCCAGACUCCUCACUUCUCACUGCGCUCACAAUGGUACUGAGGAGAGAUGCACGUUUAUCCACUCCUUGAGUAAAUAUGGGUCAGUUUUUUUUUUUUUACGGGUUAAUGUACUGAUAAAUCCCUUGGCCUGCGUCUCCCGCUAACACAAAAUGUCCUAAACAAGCGUUGCUGCGAUGCAUUGGUCAUGGAAUGACGUUGAAGAACACGUUGCGGUAACGGUGUGAGAACAUUUUGUGUUGGCUGGCUUCCUGUCCCGUUAGAGGCCUGAGCGCUGAGAAUUGCAGCUGCCACAGCUGUGAGGGCUUCCCGCAUGUGCAGGCCAGAUUUUUUUGGCGACGGGGAGGCCAGCGAGAUCUCCGAGUCAGGGUGCAGGGAACGGGACGGUCUCGUCUUUCACUUCUCCGGCCCCCUUCCAGAUGUUCGUAGCCGCGGACACCAGACCAGGGCGGGACCCCUGAAGUACCCUUUAACACUUUAGACGUCAGCAAAGUGGGAAAGCGCUCCUUCGUUAGAUCCGUUAGAAUUUUUUGGCGGAGCGCUUCACCAGACCAAAACUUGCAAAUACAACAAGAAUUAAGAAUCUUCGUUCUGAAUACUGGUGAUAAUGGCUGUUUCUUUUAGACAAAUCAUGUAAUCUGCGGGAAAUGUACCGGCAUCUAAAGGCUUGUAGUACUUUUGAGUAAUUUUUUGGCCUCGUUCUGCUGGGCACACAGCUUAUUGCAGAUGCUGCAGAUAUCAUAGCUGUUCUGUUUUUUAAGGAGUUUUUCUAAGUGUAGUGCUAUUACCGUGGUUAUGGCAUUUAGCUGCUGCUGCUUUUUUUUUUAUUAGUAUAUUUUGUGUAAGAGUCAAAGACACCUUAGAUGUGGAAAGUUUUAAGGACUGACAAGGUGUUUCACUGGCACAACAGUUGGCACAGCCUGCUUACAGUGCAUCGUCUCAGUUCUGAAACCUCUGCAUUAGAGAUGGCUCUGUAAGUGCUUUUUAUUUUUUAGCGACUUGUCACUUUGUUAUAGUCCGUAUACAUGAGGAGUGAUUGCUUAGUUAGUUUAAAGCUGCUUUUCUGUGUGUGUGUGGGGGGGGGAGGAGGGGGAGGGGGAGGGGGAGGGGGUAGGGAUGGUUCGGGGGAAAUAUUAUCUCUGGAAAAUUUGCAACUGCCUUUUACCGGCUGUCCAAACUCAGGAUGGUUGCCUUUGUAUAAGUGAACUCAACAGAACCUCUGGAAGCCUUAAGAUGAAUCAUAAUCGUUUGCACCAUCAGUUUGAUAGACAUUGUGUACUGGCAAGUGCCAAAAGGCACGUUAAAGUUGUGUACGUGCAAUAUAGCACUUUUCUUAUAGGUGUGUUGAUUCCCAUAUAGCUGCUAGUCUUUUAUCCUACACUUCUUUUUUUUUAAAUUCCGGAACAUGCUUCUGCAGUGUGUGUUUUGCCUCAAUGUGAACAUUCACAUAUACAUGCACACACUGCAUAUAUUAUACCUAUUAGCCAGUCAGUAGACAUUUUGCACCGUGGUAGUUUUUAGUGCUCGAGGACGUGAAAUGAAGGGUAGAAUUGAAAAGAAUCUACAGUUUUACUAUUUUUCUACUUUUACUGGCACUAGUCAUCUUGCAGGGCGGGGACAGGUGUGGAGGUGGCGGGAAGGGGUCGUCACAAGCUUUGCAAGGAAAACACAUUCCAACAGUUCGUAUAUUGUGCCACUAGGGGGCGACAUAUUUUUGAUUGCGUAUGGAUAUGGAAUGCAUUCAAUGAAACAAACUAAAAGAUUGAACAACUGGAUUGUUACAUGCUUGUCCUUUGUGUAAAAUAUGGCAAUCAUAUUAGCUUAGUUUAGGAGAAAAAGAAAAACUUCCAGUAGCACAGAAAUGUUAGUUCUAAUACAGAACUCUGAUUGAAAAAGAUUUUAAAACUGCAAAUUAGUCCAAAUUACCUACAUCAUACGUCUUUUUCCUUUUCUCUUCUUAGAACUCACACUGCCCUGUCGAGAGGCUGAGUCAGGGAUAGAUCUGUCAGGUAGAAGAAAAAAAAUUAAUCGCACCAUUCAUACACAGAACCUAUAUUUUGAGAGCUAUGACUGCUCCUGAUUUUUCCCUGAUUAGUGAGGAAAUAGUUUUUUUUUCUUUUUUUUCAGGCCAUAAAUGUCUGAGGCUGGUAGUAUGUGGCUUAACUGGUGGCCAUUCUCUCCUCUCCACUGUCUGUGGUCAGAGACCUCAGUAGCUUUUCAUGUGUUCCUAAGUCCAGUGCUUAUGCUCAAGGGUCUGGAUAUAAGUAUUUCCUAAUCAAUCGACUAAAUUAUCAAACGUUAUUCAACUAAAAUUGCAUUCCCUUUCUUUAAUGUGUAAAAUAUAAUUUCUGGCAUAUGCUUAAUUUCAUUGAAUAUUUCACACCAAUUUCAGGUCACACUCAUAUUGUGCUUCUUCUGUCAUGAAUCCCAUGGUUCACCCUGUUAUUUGUAUUAAUGUGCUUUUCAUUCAGCCCGGGAUGCAGACAGUACUGUAACCCUGGGAACUGCGUUAGAGUUAUAUAUAUCUUAUUUACCAUCAACACAGAGUUUUGCAGAGACGUUUGUAUAUACUGGAAAAUUAAUUGUGUUGGGUAUCAGUUACUCUGAUAGCUGGCUCAUGCAGGGAUGAUAUUUAUGCACCGUCUGAUAUUAGCCUCAGUGUUAGUUUUUUACACAACCUCAUGAAUCCCAGUCCGACAGCUCCGCACCAGCCUCACGUUAUCCGAACAGCUGUCCAGCAGUACCUGAUCUACACUGAUUAAACGAACGUGCGGUUCUGUGAGAUUUGCAAAUUCUGGAUUUUUAAACUUUUUUUUUUAUUUACCGUGGUUGUUGUAUACUGAAGGGUUGUUAAGGCUUUCAUUUAUGCACCAUUGGAAGUGUCUUCUCUCAGGUUCAUAAAAUGUGUAAAAUAAUUUUGCUUCCUGGACAGCUCCUCUGUGUGAGCGUGUUUUUUUUU